AUGGAGGGUGUCACACAGGCAUUGGGAGCAGCAGUCUCUUACUAUUCUAUUCUGUUUGGAUCGAAUGGAAUAUCUGGUCUCUAUAUCAAUGCACCUAUGCAUCGUAUCACAGUACCUCUGGGUUGCUCUAUCUGUCAAUACUUCUUCAUUCCGUUGUUUUUAUAUCCUCUAGCUGAAAUUGUUUCCUGGAAAUUGUUUUUUUUUGCGGUUGUCUAUGGCUCACAAAUCGCAGUCUGUGAUGGUACUUUGAACAAUAAGCCUCUUUAUCCUGAAACACUAAACGCAAAAAUGUACCUACUUGUUUAA